CCCACCAGUAAAAUCACAACAGCUUGUGUCGAGUUGAAACUUUCAGCUUCCGCUAGACAUGUGUUUUGCAUAGGAAAUCGAAGAGUUUUUUUACAGAAAAAAAGAUAGGCAAUUUUGCCCAACUUGCUAAGUAUACUUGAGAAAUCGUGGUGAAUUAUUUAUUCUAGUUGUUACCUUUCAAAACACGUUGCUGACGUAAUUGGGAAAUUCAAAAGGUUCUCACUGAAGUCUUUGCAAGCGAGAGGGAUUUUCUGCGAGAAUUAACUAUGAUCCUGCGAGAUUAUCCUUAGUUUUAAACCAAGACAAAGAUAACAGGAAGAUAUACCGCCAGACAUGGCCCUCCUGUUGGGGGUAGGGUGGCUACUAAUUAUCACCACCCCCCCGGUCAGCCCUCAAAUUUUCCAGUAUUUCCUGGUCGAUAACAAAGGUCAGAACGCGCAGGUCCUGGACACCAUCAAGCUCCCAACAUGCACACACUUGGACAUCAGGAGUGGCGUGACACUCCGUCACGGCAUCAAGGCCGGGAACUUUACUAAGCUUGGUGUCGUGCGUGAUAUGCAGACAUGUGUAGACGCCUGCUGUCACGAUCAGUUGUGUGACGUGGCGUUCAUGCCGGGGAGAAUGUGUUACACGGUUAAGUGUUUUACCACCAAGUCCUGCGAAAGCAUCCCCGCCAUCCCCUCCCUGGCGGCCAACGGAAGUGUGCAGAUAUCACAUAUUGUGAGGGGAGGGGGGAAUGGGGAUGAUUUGGAAAGUUUUAAGAAGACUCAAGGGAUCGGCAAGUACGCUGUACAAAAAGAUAAAAACCAGUGUGUACCGAGUCGCAUUGCGUACAACUACACGCUGAAAGGCGGGAAAAGUGCAGGGAACGUCGAGGAACUGGGGCGAGUAGAAAGCGUCCACGAAUGCAUGGAAAAAUGCUGCGACCGGGAUACCUGUGAUGUGGCGUUCUAUUUAAAGGACACGUGUUACUCGGUGGAAUGUUAUGCGGACGAAUUGUGCCAGAGCGUGCCUAUCAAGAAAAGCAAGACUUUUAACCCCACAGUUGUGUACAUGAACAAGAGAAACGGGAAAAGGCUGAGACAUAAAGAUUUCUGCGACCCGCCCUGCGUGCACGGCAUGUGCACGAGUGAUGACAACUGCAUGUGCGACCGCGGCUUUGAGGGUGUCGACUGCAAGAACACUACAAAAACAGGCUUUUGUAGGUUCAGCGGAUGUGGAGUUCAUGGUCGAUGCCUGUGGAAUGAUACCUGCGCAUGCGCACCUGGUCACUACGGACCCGUAUGUAAAUAUAAACGGACGUGUCAUCCACCUUGCCACAACGGCGCAUGCGUAAACAACUCGACUGAGAACCGCCAGUGUCAGUGUCACGUGGGCUGGGAGGGCCCCUACUGUAAUAUAUCUAACGGAGCUACUAUUGUGAGCUCACGGACGGGUGAACAAGUUCUGUUUACCAACAUGGACCAAGAGGUGGAAAAGGACAUCAAGAUCCAUGACUUCCCGCCGUCCAGACAAUCGGAAUCCAUCUCAGCCCUCGCCGUGGCUAUCGGCUGUGGAGUAGCGGCCGCGAUCGUAGGGACAGCGGCUGUAGCCUUUGUAGCAAGGAGAAUUCUGGGUAAAAAGUCUACUAAUUAUGAGCUCCUCAGGGAGCCAAUCAGACACCGUAUGUAGAGAUCACGUGACGUGAGGUGUAAUGACGUCAGCUAGUUUUUACUGUUGUGACUGGUGAAAUAACGACCCGUGUGCAAGAUUCAAAAGCUUUGAAUUUUAUGGCUAAAAUGUCUUUCCUAAAUAAAAUUUUAGAACACAUUCAAUCAAUUACCCCAUUUUAAAAUAUUCCGUUGCUUUCUUCCGGGGUAAAGCUGGUAGUGACUAUAUAGAUUAUAUAGAUUAAGUAUUGUUUUUAGAUGGUUUAUUUUGAGACUUUUUCUCAUAAUUCGUCUUCAAAUAUCGAUUGAAUUACAAAGGUGGAUCUGACAAGGGCUCUUUCUACCAGCUUGCAUUGCGGGUGGAGCAUUGGUGCCAACAGUCUCAGAUAACGUAAAGCUAAAACAUGUUCUACUGUGAAUUGUAAAUUGUGUAUUAAAGAAAAGAAUUUUUUUAAAAUAAAGUCCUUCAUCAUGUCAA